CAUCCUUCAGUCUAAGCCAGUCCAACCAAAAUUCCUUCUUUCAAAGCUUUAACUGUCCAGAAUUUGCAGAAGUCCUUAUCCAUAGGAUAUAUAAAUUCAGUGUCACAUUAUUUAUUUUGAAUAGCAAAAAACAAAAACAAAAAAGAAUAAUACAAUAACUCUAUAGUAUUAUCAGAAUGGGUAACGCAGAUUAUGAGUACCCAUCAAUGAUGAAUAAUGGAGAAAGCACAGGCCUAGGCAUACACAGAGUUCAAGUUCCUCCACCACAGCCUUUUUUCAAGUCACUAAAAAAUACCGUGAAGGAAACUUUAUUUCCAGAUGAUCCACUUAAGCAAUUCAAGAACCAAACACCCCUCAGAAAAUUCAUACUUGGUCUUCAGUAUUUUUUUCCAAUUCUUGAUUGGGGUUCUCGUUACAAUUUCGGGUUCUUCAAAUCGGAUCUUAUUUCUGGAAUUACCAUUGCUAGUCUUGCUAUUCCUCAGGGAAUAAGCUAUGCUAAGCUCGGGAACUUGCCCCCUAUACUUGGCCUCUAUUCGAGCUUUGUUCCACCAUUAGUGUACGCAUUAAUGGGAAGUUCAAGAGAUUUAGCAGUGGGAACAGUUGCUGUUGGAUCUCUUCUCAUGGCUUCUAUGUUGGGUAACGAAGUUAACGCUAGUGAAAAUCCAACUCUAUAUCUUCAUCUUGCUUUCACUGCCACAUUGUUCGCUGGAUUAUUUGAAGUUGCUCUUGGAUUUUUCAGGCUGGGAUUUAUAGUGGAUUUUUUAUCACAUGCAACUAUAGUUGGAUUUAUGGGAGGAGCAGCUACAGUGGUGAUACUUCAGCAGCUAAAGGGAAUACUUGGGCUUGAACAUUUCACCCAUGCUACUGAUGUUGUCUCUGUCUUACGUUCUGUCUUUACCCAAACUCACCAGUGGCGAUGGGAAAGUGCGGUCCUGGGAUUUUGUUUCCUUUUCUACCUGAUGCUGGCCAAAUUUUUCAGCCAAAAGAGACCUAAGCUGUUCUGGAUAUCGGCGAUGGCGCCAUUAACGUCCGUCAUAUUGGGAACUAUUCUCGUUUAUAUAACGCACGCUGAAAAACACGGAGUCGCAGUGAUUGGGGAGCUGAAGAAAGGGUUAAAUCCACCAUCAAUAAUGGAUCUGUCAUUUGGAUCGAAAUAUAUGACAACGGCUAUCAAAACAGGCAUAGUCACGGGUGUCAUUUCUCUUGCUGAAGGAAUAGCUGUAGGAAGAAGUUUUGCAAUGUACAAGAACUACAAUAUAGAUGGAAAUAAAGAGAUGAUUGCUUUUGGGAUGAUGAACAUUGUUGGCUCCUGCACCUCCUGCUACCUCACUACUGGGCCAUUUUCGCGAUCAGCAGUGAAUUUCAACGCAGGAUGCAAAACAGCUGUAUCAAAUAUUGUCAUGGCACUGGCUGUGAUGGUGACAUUGUUGUUGCUAACACCAUUGUUUCACUUCACUCCCCUCGUCGUGUUGUCGUCCAUUAUAAUCGCUGCCAUGCUCGGCCUCAUCGACUAUAAUGCCGCCAUUCAUCUCUGGCAUGUCGACAAGUUCGACUUCUUGGUUUGCAUAAGUGCAUACAUUGGCGUUGUCUUUGGCAGCAUUGAAAUUGGCUUAAUCUUAGCUGUAGGGUUAUCGAUAUUAAGGGUGUUGCUUUUUGUAGCAAGGCCAAGGACUACAGUACUUGGUAACAUCCCAGAUUCUAUGAUCUACAGAAAUGUUGAGCAAUACCCAGACACAAACAAUGUUCCAGGCGUUCUCAUACUUGACAUUGGAGCCCCUAUUUACUUCACUAAUUCUAGCUAUUUAAGAGAAAGGAUCUCAAGGUGGAUUGAUGACGAGGAAGACAAGUUAAAAUCUUCAGGAGAAACAACUUUGCAGUAUGUCAUACUUGAUAUGGGAGCUGUAGGGAACAUUGAUACAAGUGGAAUUAGCAUGUUUGAAGAAGUCCAGAAAAAUCUUGAUAGAAGAGAUCUCAAGCUUGUGUUGGCAAAUCCAGGAGCCGAGGUGAUGAAGAAGUUGAACAAGGCCAAAUUCAUAGAGACAUUAGGACAAGAAUGGAUGUUCCUAACAGUGGGGGAAGCUGUGGAAGCAUGCAACUUCAUGCUUCACUCCUGCAAACCUAAAUCUUCAACAGAUGAAGCUUCCCAAAAAUGGAGCAACAACGUUUGACUUCAAAUUAAUUCGAUCAGUUUACUUUAUUAGUAUUUAUUAUCGAACAGUGUUUUAGUGGUUCAUGUGUGCGUCUAAUUUGUAAAGAUGCAGCAUAUCAUUAUUUGGCUUCAAAGGAGUCAAGAUUCUGCUGCAGAACUCUUCCAUACAAUAAACUGGAAGGGGUUUUAUUUCUCUCCCACAUUUUAAAGAAUGAAUAUCACCUU